GGAAUUGGAGUUUGAGUCUCAUGGCGUACAUUCAAAGCAAUGCAGAGCUCACCAUUUUUGUUUUACUGUGGUAGUUAGAACGCAGUUUCUUCAAACCAACAUCGUUAUCCGCUUUCAUCAAGGCAUUUCGUUUCUACUGCUUGGAAAAAGAACCUAUAUUCACUGCUCCUUAAGAGGGUCCUGACCAAUUUCAAAAUGUCUGGUGAAGUGAUUGUGGUCACCAACCCUCUUGUGAAUGUCCGUAUCACAAGCAGCCUCUCCUCCUUCGAGAACCGCCGAAGGUUUAAUAGAGGAAUCACUAUAGCAGAACUGAAGGGGCUGCUGGAGAUGAAUGUGGGUGUUCCUGCUUCCUGCAUGGAUUUGGAGAUUUUUAGCACAACGGAUGUGUUCCUACAGAAAAUAGAUAACGACGAAGCUCUGUUCGGUUCCUACCCUGUGGACGAUGAAUGCAGAAUACACGUUACUGAUAGAAGUGGAAAAACAAGCGAGUUAUUUGAUAGUUCCAAAGUGGAAAAGUUUGAGCUGCCAGAUGAUGCCUAUGAGAAGCGGACAGAAUCCGUGCGGUCAUUCUUAAAGAAGCAGCAAUUGGGACGCUACAAUGAGGAGGAAGUUGCCAGGAAGAAAGCUGAGCUCGCCAAUCAGGAACAAGAACAGAAGGCAGCGGCUGAGGCCAUUUCUGUCGGCAGCCGCUGCAAAGUGGAGGUCCCUGGGCAACCCACAAAACUGGGCACAGUUAUGUAUGUUGGUACUACAGAGUUCAAGCCAGGUCAUUGGGUAGGUGUGAAGUAUGAUGAGCCUCUGGGAAAACACAACGGAACUGUUCAGGGGAAACAGUACUUUGAGUGUCAGGAGAAAUACGGGGCAUUUGUGAAGCCACUGAGUGUAACAGUGGGCGACUUUCCUGAGGAGGAUUACGGCUUAGAUGAGAUUUAAAACCGUUGUGGAUGUUUGUUUCCUUAUGCUUUUUUUUGUUGUUGUUUUUAAAAUCUCAGUUCCACUUACUGGACAGAGAGGAAGUAGGAUAAUUCAUCAUAACAAUGGUUCAUGUUCUUCUGUGGAUGGCAUGAUUUAAAGGCACUUUAGCUGGAGGUUUUUUCAUCGCAGCAUGGCAAGACUGUCAUUUGUGAUCUUAAAAUAGAUUAGUUAUCAAAAACUAGUCAAAUUGAAAGGUUUUCACAGAAGAUUUUUUUUUGUUCCGAUGUAUUUUUUUUAAUGUUUCUUAGUUGCUGUCAUACUUUGUUUACAGCUUAGCAACUGUCUAAAUAGAGUUCUGUGUAGUUCUACAAAAGAACAGACUUAAUCUUUAAGAACUGUAUAUUGUUUAUUUGUAAUUUGCUUGUAUAACUGUCAAGUCUAAAAUUCUCUCUAACCGUACUUUGACAGUUAAAAGGGUCAUCCCAGUCUGUGUUGGCAUCUUUAGAUCAUUGGUGAGGUUAAAUGAAAGCUGCAGGCAGUGGAUAUUUGCAUUUUAAACUGAGCAACUUGCAGGAAAUGCAUCAAAAUUGUUGUAUUUGCUUGAGUGAAAACUUUUGCUACACUACUGCGCUUUGUUUAAAAAAGAAAAAAACAUGACAUGCAAUAUUUCCCAUCUGACAACAUGGCUGCUUUGUCUCAUGUCACCACUCUGUCCCACACAUCCACAGUCAUGCAGCUGAUAUUGUUACCUGCAGGUUCCUCCAUAACAAGUUGUCAAGUGUUGAACAAUGAUGCAUUUUUAUUUUUUUUUAUUUUGUACGUUUGCUUGUCUUAUACAUAAAAACGAACAUACUGUUUAAUUUAAGCAAAUGUGAAAUCCUCUUUUCCUUAAGGUUCAGUUUUGAUUAAUAUUCAACAUUGAUCUAAGGUGCUGGUGACAAAGUGUGCCAAAGGAUAACCCUUAUUAAUAAAGACUACACAUGA